AUGUUUUCGCUCAGGUUUGUCUUACUUUUACUUUUUAUCUUACAUACUAAUGGUCGUAUUAUCAGUACAAAGACUUUAAAUUCAACUAAUCUAGAAAACAAUGAUUCAGUUGACAAAGUUUCUGUUAUUGAAGAAGAACAAAAUGAAGAAUUAAUAUCAUCACCUGAGACUGAAAAAUCUCAAUUAAUUCAAGUUAAAUUAACAGAUGUUCAACGAUUACUAUCGCCAUGUAUUGGUGCUUAUCCAUCAAAAAAACUUGCAUAUUCAAAAGAUAAAACAAAAUAUAUUCAAUGUCGUGACGAAUUUCAUUAUGAAAUUGUAUCAUGUUUAAAUGGUGGUGAAUAUAAUGCAGAAACAAAUUCCUGUGAUCUUAUUAUUACAAUGAUUAAUAAAUGUGAAGAAGAAAAACCAUGUUUAAAUAAUGGUCAUUGUAUAGCACGAUUAAAUUCAACAUUUAAAUGUAUUUGUCAUCCAGAUUGGACUGGUGAUAGAUGUGAAAUACCGAUAAACUCAUGUGUAAAAGAACCUUGUGGACCAAAUGCUUCAUGUCGUACAUUAAAAACGAUUGAUUAUGAGCAAGAUUAUGUUUGUAUUUGUCAUCAAUCUGAAAGUUAUGGUCUUAAUUGUCAAGAAGUUGUACCUAAUCCAUGUUUAACAAGUAAUGAACAAUUUUUUCCAUAUGCAUUUAGUCAACGUGCUUAUAUUCACUGUGAUGGUGAAAUUAUUAAUUUUCAACCAUGUAGUGCAUUACUUUAUUGGAAUCAAGAAGAAAAAAAUUGUAAUCGUAAACGACCAACAAAAGUUAUUUUACCAAAAUUAAAAAAAAAAUUAUCAUCAAAAUCUAAAAAGAAUAAACAAGAAGAGAAGAUUAUAGAAAACAUUAAUCAAGAAAUAAUUACAACGACUGUACAAAUUGAACAAAAAAAAAAAGAAGAAAAAAAUUAUGAUUCUUCGACUUUUAUUCCAACAUCAAUAGUCAAUACAGAACAAUCACAAUCGAAUAUGAAUACUCAACAAAUCCCUUUAACUCAAAAUGUACCUGAAAUAAAACAAAAAACUUCAGAUUUAUCAGAACCAUUAUUACAAUCAGUAGAUUCAAAACAUAUUCAUCAAGACCUACAACCUGAAAAUACCACACCACUUACUAUUCAAUCAGAACAAAAUGAAUCAUUGUCACAAACUAAUCUUCCACAAUCAAAUCUAACUUUUACUACUGACCAGUGGCUACAUCAAAUACCAGAAACAACAACACAAAAUGAUGAACCUAUUUUUCCUCAAUCAGGACAAGAUCAAAACCAACAAGAAUUCGUUGAAACAACUACACAACAUAAUGAACCUAGUCUUCCUCAAACAAUACAAGAAUCUAAUACUACUCGAGACCAAUCACAAUUUGAAGAUCAAAACCAACAAGAAUUCGUUGAAACAACUACACAACAUAAUGAACCUAGUCUUCCUCAAACAAUACAAGAACCUCAUAUUACUCAAAAUCAACAACAAUUUGAAAAUCAAAAUGAACACACAUUUGUCGAAACAAUAUCACAAAAUGAUGAAUUUAAUCUUCCACAAUCAACACAAGAAUCUAAUACUACUCGAGACCAAUCACAAUUUGAAGAUCAAAACCAACAAGUAUUCAUUGAAACAACUACACAACAUAAUGAACCUAGUCUUCCUCAGACAAUACAAGAACCCCAUACUACGCCAAAUGAACAACGAUUUGAAAAUCAAAAUCAAGAAACAUUUGUCGAAACAAUAUCACAAAAUGAUGAAUUUAAUCUUCCACAAUCAACACAAGAAUCUGAUACUACUCAACAUCAACAACAAUUUCAAAAUCAACAUCAACAGACAUUCGUUGAAACAACUACACAACCAUACAAAUUGAUUCAUUUACAAAAUUUUCGUAAUCAAAACCAUGAAAAGCCAAUCCAAUCAUGGCCGAAAAUACCAACAAACCAGUUUACUCUCAGUCAACUCGCCAAAAAAAUUCAUUCAAAUACAAAGAAUACUCAAAAUUUUGCUGUACAACCACAAUCAUGGCAUGGUUAUCAAGUUCAUCAAUUUAGACCAUGGUUAUAUGGUAUAAUUUUUUCUCUUUUACAUCUAUUAACUCUAAUUCUAUCGAAUGUCAUAGGUCAACAGCAACAAAGGUUUUUUGACACAACUACAACAGCAGAAAAUGUAGUUCAUUCACAAGAUUUUUCAAAUCAAAAUUCUCAAGAACAAGAAGAAGAAGAAGAACAAGAACAAGAACAAGAACAGGAACAAGAACAAGAACAAUCUCGAUUAAAUGUAUCAGCUACUGGAUUAACUGAAAAUCGAACGCCACAAUCAGCUAGUUUCUAUCUACAAAAUACUCAACCUUUUCUUGCACUACCACAAAGAUGGCAAAAUUCUCAAUCGUUUCAAACUCAACAACAACCAAAACCAAGUACUCUUGAGGAAACAUCAAUGGAUAAUAAUAAUCGUUUAAAUACAAGACUACAACAAAAUCAUAAUUUUGAACAUGGACAACAAAAUGAUGAAAAUCAACAAUCAUCGCAAAAUAAAGGAAAUAAUCAAAUACAUCAAAAUUUUAUUCAAUCUGGAACAUCAUUAACUGACAGUGAACGAUCUCCUGUAACAAAAGAACAAACUUUUAGUCAAUCUGUAGAAAAUCAACAAUGGACACCAACAUAUUCUUUACAUUCAUCUACUGAUUCGAAUAAUGUUCAAUUACAAAAUCUUCCACAAUCAAAUCCAGUUUUUGGUACUCAACAAUGGUUAAAUCAAAUACCAGAAAGAGAACCACAAGAUUAUCACCAUACUUUUACUCAAUCAACACAAGAUUUCCCCAAUCAAAAUCAUGAAAAACCAAUACAAUUAUCGCAAAAUAAAUUUCUCACUCAACAAUUUCAAAAUCAACCAAUAAAAUCUGAAUUUGAUGAUCAUCAUAUUGCAUUUCAAUUACAACCAUGGCAAAAAAUAUCAAAACAUAGUCUAAUUCUAAAACCUCAAUUGCGAUUACAAAACCAAUAUAAAAAAUCCUCAAUCGCUGAUACUUCUUCUCAAAUACCAAAUAGUCAAUAUGGCUUAGAUCAACAACAACAACAAGAUUUACUUAAUGAAAAUUCAUUUGAGCAUAUGCAAUCAGGGUCAAACAAUCAACAAUAUCAAAAUCCAACAAGUCAAUGGAAAGAUUUUGAUGACUCAAAACUACAAACUACUCACGGUUUUGCUACUAAUCCGUUGGUACCCUGGCACAUUCAACCAUGGUCACAAACUGGACAAUUACAUGCAAACUCUUUCGAAACAAUGAGAAAACCUAACAAAAACAUUCGUCCAGUAGAAGAUUUACAUCAAUGGCAAUCAAGUCGAACAGUUGAACAACAACAUCAACCGAAUUAUAAUCAAAUAAAACAACAACAAGCUCAAGAUUCGCUACCCACUUUAUCAUCAGGAUCAUGGUACUACUGA